AUGAGAAAAUCAAAUGAAAGAUCGAGACUUUACGAAAGCAGUCCCAUCAAACAAGCUUCACUGAACGUCACACGUAAAACCCAUAUCGAGAAACCGAGUUUCAUUCCAAGAAAAAGUGAGUCCAAGUUGGGUUCUGAGCGAGUGAAGCAGAAGGAAAUGGAUAACCGGGUUGACCCGGAUCGGAUUUCGUUGGCUCGGGUGGUUUCCCGGUUAGUAAAAGUAUGGUUCGAUAAUGCACUUAAGGAAGCUAAAGCUGGUGAUACCAAUAUGCAAGUACUUGUUGGACAAAUGAAUUGCAAUGGCUUUGGGGUUCCUAAAGAUAUCCAAAAGGUUAUCAUUUACGCAUGCUUGGUUUUGGCUAUAAAUGCUUUUAAAAGGGCUAAAUUGAUUCAUUUUUGUAGCUUUUCAAUUGAGGUAGCUGCUGUCUUCUAG